AUGGAGCUCCUCUUCAGACUCUAUGCCCUCUUCCAGAUGUUUCUAUCCUCCUCCAGCUUCUGUAGCAUUCAUCAUGUGCAACCCAAGUGGGGCAAAGCCCACAAUGUGCCCCCAGAACAGAAUGAAACCUUGGAAGCACCAUGGUUAGUGAACGUAUAUGGCAAUGGCAAGAGGUGCCAAGGCGUUGUGCUGAGCAGCUGGUGGGUCCUGACAGCAGCCAACUGCUUCCUGCUGAUGAAACCAAGCCAUAUAGAGUUGACUGGGUCUCAUGGGCGUGUCUCCACCAAAACAGUGAGCCAGUUCCUGACACACCGAGGCUUCAGUUCCUGGGAUACAAUGCCCAAUAAUGACCUGGGACUUGUUAUGCUUGGCGAACCACUUGACUUAAGAAAGAAAGACAUAUGGCCAGUUUGUGUCCCUCGGGAACAUAAACCUUACAACACACAGGAAGAAUGUAGAAUUUUCACACGAGGCCAAAAUGGUGAAUGGCCGUUGAAGGAGAUUGUCGUGAAUGCUUUGGUGUCAUCAGAAUGUGCCACACAUUGGCCCGGCACAACAGAAGACUGGAAUUUGUGUGUUGCAAGAGAGGUGUCUAACCAUACAGAUUGCAAGGUGCCUGUAGGCAGUCCUGUGCUCUGUCAUGACCCAGCCAGUGGACACUGGGAGGUGAUGGGCAUUGUAAGCCAGAGCUUGCACAACUGCACAGCUCCUAUUCUGGCUGCCCAGCUUUUAACCCAUCUUAAGUGGUUGUGGGAAGAAGGAGCACAAUCACCUGUAACAUCCACAACAGCUGCAAAAUCCACAACAGCACAACCAUCAUCCAAGCAAAUAUCUGUAAUACCUACAACAAGUCACACAUUACAAACUUCCCCAAUACACACACAACCACAUGUGAUAAUAAUACCUGCUACUACCCAAAGGACAUUAAAGGCUUUGCCAUCUCCGGACUCCAUGAUAGUGCCUCCUACAGAGCGCCCAUCACCCAUGCCUGAAACUGAUGUCAACCAAGGUGUACCUGUUCAUGUCAUUGUAGCUGGACCAGAGUCCCCCAAGAGCAAACGCGAGGAAAGCCCAUUUCCCGGCCCUUCUUUAGCAUUAGUUCCCCCACCCAGUAAAACCAUCUCCAUGAUUCCCAGCUUACAACACCCUGUGCGGAUGACACUGAAACAAUGUGAGAUAGAACUGGCAUGGAAAAACAACUCUCAUACCUACCAACUUAACAAGAGAGCAGUUGUGACGGAUCACAGAGCUGGAUGUGGCCUGCGGCCUGGUUUUGUGCCCAAAUGCCCAAGCUGCUCUGAGGCUGAAAUGGGUGAAUUUCCCUGGAUUGUUUCUCUCAAACUGUCCGUUCAACACUUCUGUGCUGGCUCCAUUCUCAACCCCUGGUGGAUUCUAACCACAGCAAACUGUGUCAACCUUAUAAAGAAUUCGGAGGCUUUGGCACUGGUGCAGGCUGGGCUGGUAGACAUUUCCAAGGCAAUGUAUUCCGGGCAAAUCCACCAAGCUCUGACACACCCAAAUUCAUUGGAGCAUCAGGGCCUUCACAACCUGGGGCUUUUGCAGCUGGAGAAACCAUUGGUAUUUGGGUCCCAUAUUGCACCAGUGUGUCUCUCAGCCAAGGCAGAUAUGAUAGAUGAUUUCAGAAAUUGUUGGCUGCCAGGCUGGACUUCGGUGAAGGGAGGCCCUUCUGUGCUGCAGCGACAUCCCCUAGACAUCCUGAGCAUCAGCAGCUGCAACCAGCUUGGAGAACACCUCUCUGAUGCCAUCUUCUGCAUCAAGGCCCAGAUGGGCCAGGAAGGAGACUGCAAGGGUGAUGUGGGCUCUCCACUGAUCUGCCCUGACGCCCAGGGUGGGGCCUGGCUUCAGGUCGGUGUGUUAAGCAGUUUUGAUGAAGCCUGCUCCAGCCCCUAUGUCUUCAGCAGCUUGCCACACUACUUGCCUUGGCUGGAGAGUACCACAAAGGCUGCAGGGCAUCGCUACAACCACGCAUUCCCUUGGGAGCAGCGGGGCCCUGCAAAGAACCUUAGACUGUUACAGGAACCAGAAACCCUGCUUGCCUGGAUUUCAGCACAACUGUCCUUGCCCUGGCAAGUGCUCAUUGUUACAUGUGAGAAUCAGAACUGCGUGGGCUCAAUCCUGAACCGCUACUGGGUGCUGACUACAGCACAGUGUGUUAGAGAGGCGGACCCAGCAAGCACAACUGUCUUUGUGGGACUGACCCAUCCCAAAGGCCAAGUCCGGGGGAUCCGUGUGGCUGGGAUUUUCCCUUAUGAGAAGAUCUCGCAGCAUACUCUCUCCAGUGGCUACAACGUGGCUCUGCUCCUCCUCCAGAAACCUGUCACCUUUGACCAACAUGUUACUCCUAUGACCUUCUCCCCAGAGGAGUCCUGGGAUAGCUGCAAAGUGAUGGGUCUGCAAAUGCUGCCCUCUGGAGAAGUUCAGGCCAACCCUAAUGCAUACCAAGUCAAGGUACUAGUGCCCUCAGACUGUGCCGAGGAACGUCCUGAAGUCAAUCCAGCUACGUACUGCAUCAUAAGGAAUAGCUCUAGCUACCUGCCUGCUGCAGCUAUAGGAGAGGGUGCUGCCCUGCUCUGCCACUUGGAGGCCAAAAGCACAACUUGGAGCCAGGUCGGCUUGAUGAGUGAGCCCUUUCCGGGAUCCGAGACAGUUGUUCUGUCCUCCAGCAUUGUUUCCUAUGUGGAUUGGAUGGAAGAAACAUCCAAACAAGCAGAGCAGCUAUUAUCCCUGAGCCAUGCAAGAGCUGCCUGUGGACCAAGCAGCUGGGCACUCAUCCUGAUUAUGUCAUUGUUGGGAGGAACAGAGUUGGGUUGA